UAUCACACGGUUGUUGUCUAGCUGUGAAAUCUGUUCGGGUCCGUUUAGUUUAAACAAUAGCAGAGAUACUUACUUCAACAAUUCGUGAGCCAAAUACUACUUGAGAUAAAAUAAUAUAAUAUAAUAAUACAUAAUUAUACCCAUAACAGUGCGUGUUAAACUCAACUAUCUAUCUAUUCAACUAACUAACUAACUUAUCAACCAGCCAGCCAGAUAGUCAUUCUGUCAGUCUGUCAACCAAACAAACAACCAAAUAAUCUAACCAACCAACCUACUUUAUAAUUUAUAAAUCCUAUUUGUAAUUCAUAGUUUAUUAGUAUUUGUUAUUUGCAUUAUCAAUUGUGAUCAAUUUAUAAUAAUUAAAGUUUAAUAAUACAAAUGAUUUUGAUUAGAUCUAAAUCUAAAUCAAAAUAACUAUACAAGAUAUACACACAUACUCCAACUACUACAUACAUAUAUCGCUCUAAAACAAACACACACGUGCGAAUUACUCGUAAAUCAAAUUUAAAAUUCGAUUGCAACAACGACAACGAUAACAAUUCGCAAACGUUUCUUACGUCCGAUAAUUGUGCAUUAAUAAAUAUAAGAAAGUAAAUUCAGUGUGGAAUAAAAUUAAAAAAAAUAUAUAUACAACAAAAAAAAUUAAAAAAUAGCAACAAUAAAGUUGCAAAAAUAAGCAAAUAAUUACAAUCCAUUCGAAAAAAAUAUUAAUUGUUUAGAUUUUUUUUGUUUUUGUAUUCAGUUUGUGUCCUGCUUAAGCAGGAUUUGUGUUUAAAUUUUAAUUAAAGUGCUUCAAAAUUUAUUCGCCAACGACUUUUGACGCCUCAAGGGCGUUCAAAUUGGAGGAAGAUUUUGUGGGUGGCUGCAUGACCAUGUCGAUGUAUUCAUCGACGGAUAAAAUGAAAAUGUCAGCUCCAAGUUGUUUUCCAGGUCGAUAUAGUCCAUCAUAUCGAAGUUCAGAACAAAUGAGGAGAUGUAUGCCAAAUCCUUCGACUCGUUUGUUAGAAGAUGCAUCCCUUUUAUGCAAUUCAUGGUCAGCACGCCAGAAUGGUGAUAUAUUUGCUGGAAUCAAUGAUGGAAUUCUUAGCAGAGCGGAAGCACUUGCGGCAGUUGACAUUGGAAAACAUCAAGCCUCUCAUGUACAUCCUUCACAGAUGACCUCCCAAAUGAAACACGAUGUUAUGUACCAUCAUCACAGUAUGGGCGGACCUCCACAAAGACCGUUGCAGAUGCAUCAUUCCAUGGACCAACUGGAUAUGCUGGAUCCAACAGGUUCAAUGACAACACUCGCCCCCAUUUCAGAAACGCCUUUAACACCUACGCACCAACAUUUACAUGGAUCCUACCAUAGUAUGAACCAUAUGAUGAGUCAUCAUCAUCCAAGUAGUUUAAGUGGACAUUCUGCGGGUCACCAUGGUCAUUCUGCAGUACAUCAUCCUGUGAUAACAGCCGCUGUAGCGGCGGCGGGUCUACAUCCGGAUACCGAUACAGAUCCUAGAGAACUUGAAGCCUUUGCCGAGCGAUUUAAACAACGAAGAAUAAAACUAGGAGUUACACAAGCGGAUGUUGGUAAAGCACUAGCGAAUUUAAAGUUACCUGGAGUUGGGGCACUUUCACAAAGUACAAUCUGUCGUUUUGAGAGUCUAACACUGUCGCACAAUAAUAUGAUUGCGCUCAAGCCUAUUUUACAAGCGUGGCUUGAAGAAGCCGAGGCACAGGCGAAAAACAAAAGACGAGAUCCCGAUGCCCCAAGUGUACUUCCUGCUGGCGAAAAGAAAAGAAAAAGGACUUCCAUUGCGGCACCUGAAAAGCGAUCUCUGGAAGCGUACUUUGCCGUACAACCGAGGCCAUCUGGGGAGAAGAUAGCUGCCAUUGCUGAGAAGCUGGACCUUAAGAAGAAUGUGGUGAGAGUCUGGUUCUGCAAUCAGAGACAAAAACAAAAACGUAUUGUUAGUAGCGUUACACCUUCGAUGACUGGACACGGAUCGGCGGGGUUUGGUUACUGAUAGUCGAUGUUUCCUGGAGAGCACUACAUGUAGAGUUAUCAACAACACCUCCCCAACACAAGGACGUGAGCACCCCAAUCAACACCAAACUAUGAAGACGAUAACAGAGACGCCGACCAAGAUGAAGACGACUGAGACGAAAACCACUAAGAUGAAGAAGAAGACGUUGAGCGAGCGUGAGUGCACUUAUCCUCCUACAUCAACCCCAUUUAUAAUGACAUGGAUUCACACCCUAUUUGCCAACAAUCAAAUGCGAAUAUUUAUGGAACGAUCAAUGCAAACAAUGGACCAACAUAUCAAAUGCAAUAACAUUACUACUAAUG